AUUAAUUAAAUAAUAUUUGUAUAAUAUUGUUUUGUGGUUAAAAUCCUUGUUGUCCAUUUUGUGAGUAGACUUGGUGAAAGGCUAUGGCUGGGGGAAAUCGUGGAACAGGGCACAGGGGUAGACCACCCCUAAGUGCGCGUGCUGGUGGGAGAACUCCAUUAGUUGCUAGGAGUGAGCCUGUUAAUCGAGAUGAGGUUGAGGUGGAUGAUGUUCAAAAUGAGUCAUUGGACUCUUCUGCAAGGAAUCAUGAUCAACAUAAUACAAAUGUUGGACAAAGUCAACUGUUGGGACAACAAAGUCAACCAAAUUUCAUGGAAAUUAUGCAGACUAUGGCAAAGACUAUGGCUGAACAACAAGAGUUAGUCAAGUCCUUGGCAGAGCAACAAGCAAGGGUAAUUGCAGAGCAGCAGGAAAAGGUUUCAACACCACAGCCUAUCCAAAAGGGAGGCUUAGCAGAGUUUGUUAAGCUUGCUAAGCCUUUCCAUGGAGAUUCGAAGGAUCCACUAGAGGCAGAAAACUGGGUCAAGGAAAUGGAGAAGACUUUUCGAGGGCAGAGUGUCACUGAGGAGAAUAAGGUGCCAUAUGCUGCAUAUUUGUUGAAAGAAGCAUUCCUUAAGGAGUAUCUACCUGAAAGUGACAGACAUGAGAUGCAGCAAAAAUUUCAUACCCUUAUCCAAGGUGACAAGUCUGUGAAGGAAUAUGAGAAGGAAUUCAACCGGCUUUUAAAGUUUGCUCCUCUGGCUACUCAAAAGGAUGAGGAAUCUAGGAGGUUGAAAUUUCUCUAUGGGCUAAAUCCACAUAUUCUAUCUGAGGUUCAGAAAUUUGAAGUAAGUACAUAUUCCACAACAGUUAACAAAGCCAAAGUGAUAGAGCAAGGUCAGAAAGUGGUUAUAGCAGCAGAGGAGAGUAGUGUUGGCACUAAGAAACAGAAAUGGAUGGGUGCCUUAAGCGAGAAAGAUUCCACUAAUCACAGUUUUAUACAGAGCAAAAGACAAAACACAGGAUUUUCUGGGAAUCGAAUGCACCAGGGGGGAAAUGUUCAGUGUUGGAGAUGUCGAGGGCCCCAUGAACCCAAGGAUUGUAGAUGGCUGUUAGGUUUGUGCUUUAAGUGUGGUCAAGCUGGGCACCGUGCAGCCAAUUGUAUUCAUGCAAGGUACCCACCAAAUUCAUGUUUCAAAUGUGGGCAGCAGGGACAUAAGGCCAUUAAUUGUUCUCAAGGUAGACAAAACACCCAGGUUACUCAACGUGCCCCAACUAAUCAGUCAGUUGCCAGUGAGAGAGCAUCUACUGCAGGUUCAAGUAAAGGAGUAAGUCAGAAACCUCCAGUUCAAGGUCGUGUUUUUGCUUUGACUCAACAGGAUGCACGGGCAUCUAAUGAUGUAGUGACAGGUACACUCUUAGUUUCUUCAUCCUAUGCACAUGCUUUAUUUGAUACUGGUGCCUCUCAUUCAUUUGUAUCUACUACAUUUGCAUCAAAACUUGGUGUACCUAUUGACUAUUUAGAAUGGGGGAUGUGUGUUAACACCCCUAAUGGGGGAACGCCGAGUGUGUCACCUUGGGGUGCUCCUGUGUUAUUUGUGAAGAAAAAGGAUGGAACCAUGAGACUCUGUAUUGACUAUAGAGAGUUGAACAAGGUGACAGUACGUAAUAGGUAUCCUUUGCCUAGAAUUGAUGAUCUUUUUGAUCAGCUGGUGGGAGCUCAAGUUUUCUCUAAAAUUGACUUGAGAUCUGGAUACCAUCAAUUGAAGAUCAAGGGAGAGGAUAUUCCUAAAUUAGCCUUCAGAACUCGCUAUGGGCAUUAUGAAUUUCUGGUGAUGCCAUUUGGGUUAACUAAUGCUCCUGCAGCGUUCAUGGAUUUAAUGAAUAGGGUGUUUAAGCCUUACUUAGAUAAAUUUGUUGUGGUGUUCAUUAAUGAUAUUUUGGUGUACUCUCGAAGUAUAGCAGAACAUGAAGAACAUUUACGGCUAGUUUUACAAGUUCUGAGGGAGAAAAAGCUUUAUGCAAAGCUGAAGAAAUGUGAGUUCUGGUUGAAUAGUGUUGCAUUUUUAGGACAUGUGGUGUCUAAGGAUGGAAUUUCAAUAGAUCCGGAAAAGGUUAAAGCAGUGGUAGAAUGGAGUAGACCUACUAAUGUGACUGAAGUUCGGAGCUUCUUGGGCUUAGCUGGGUAUUAUAGAAGAUAUGUGGAGGGAUUUUCUCGUAUUGCAGUUCCAUUAACUCGAUUAACGCAAAAGGGUGUGAAGUUUGAGUGGACAGAUGAAUGUGAACAAAGUUAUCAAGAGUUGAAGAGUAGAUUGGUCUCAGCACCUAUUCUGACCAUUCCUGAUGAUAGUGGUGGUUUUACAAUUUUCAGUGAUGCUUCAAUGAAAGGGUUGGGUUGUGUUUUGAUGCAACAUGGCAAGGUUGUAGCUUAUGCCUCAAGACAGUUGAAACCAUAUGAGAGGAAUUAUCCAACUCAUGAUCUCGAACUAGCAGCAGUUGUUUUUGCUCUUAAAAUUUGGAGACAUUAUUUAUAUGGUGAGAGGUGUGAGAUAUUUACUGAUCAUAAAAGUUUAAAAUAUAUUUUCACACAAAAAGAGCUGAAUAUGAGGCAGAGGAGAUGGUUGGAGUUACUAAAGGAUUAUGAUUUGGUAAUCAAUUACCAUCCUGGGAAGGCUAAUGUGGUAGCUGACGCAUUGAGUAGGAAGAACCAUAGUAUUCUAGCUGUUUUAAUUACUUCUCAAAGCUAUAUCUUUGAAGAUUUGAUUAAGAUGGAUGUUAGAGUACAUAGGCAUGACUUAGAUGCACUUUUGGCUAGUUUGCAAGUCCAGCCGACCUUGAUUGAGAAGAUAAAGACUGCCCAGUUGGAUGAUCCAUUUCUGCAGCAAAUGAGACAAAAGGUGGAGUCCAAUGAUCCUAAACUGGAAUCUUUUAGGAUUCAUGAGGAUGGUUCUAUUAGGCACGGUGAUCGAAUUUGUGUUCCUAAUGAUUCAGAGUUAAAUGAGGUUAAGAUUGAGCAUCAAAGACCAGUUGGCAAGUUGCAGCCACUUCCUAUUCCAGAUGGAAGUGGGAACAUAUAACCAUGGACUUUGUCACUGGUUUGCCUGCAACAAAAAAUGGAAAUGAUUCUAUUUGGGUUAUUGUUGAUAGGUUAACCAAGUCUGCCCAUUUUCUUCCCUAUAAAACAGGAAUGCAAGU